ACUGACAUUUUCCUUUGUGCUCAGACUGCGGCCUUCUUCCUGUCAUAUUCUAGGACUUGACGAGGGAAGAAGAGGCAUCCCUUCACUAGAAACUAACAAGACAAGGGAGAGGUCACCCCUCUUGUCCUCCAUCUCACAGGCAACACCAAGAAAGGCCUGAACAGUAACGGAAACAGGAGUUGCACCUGCUUACACAAUGUCAUUCUUCCGGUAUUUUAACAAGCAUAGAGAGCUGAUUCCUCUGGCUAUGAUUAUGACUACUACGCUGAGUGGGAUGGUGUACACGGGCAUCAGAGCCCUGAGAAGAUCAGAUAUAAUUAUUGAUAGGUGGAACAAUCCUGAACCUUGGGAAAAAGUAGAUCCCACUGAACCUCAAAAGCUGUUUUCCAUCCAUCAGAAAUGGGAACCCAUCCAAGAACUGGAGGAGAUCCGAAAAGUUUUCAAGGGGUGAGGUCCCCAGCCCUUCCAAACGGCACUCUCUGAAUCUAGUGGAAUCAUUUCUGCACAAACUAGAGGAUCGAAACCAGUGUGCGGAAAUGCUUCUGCUACAUUUUUUGAGUCUCUCUCCAUUAUGUUUUGGAUUCUGGAGGAGAUUUACUGACUGCCCGGCCUAGAACUCUAUUGCGGGAAAAAGAAAAAAAAAACGUGUUACAAAGGCUGGCUUGUUGUAAUUUGUUUUGAACCCUGCCCUGUGUCUUCUAGGAAGGCAGACCAACAUUUCUUCAUUUGUGAGCUUUAAAAAAAGAGUUGGGUUGUUGUUGGGGAAAAAAAGAUACGUUGUCGUUUAUGUUUUCAAUAAAGUUGGAAUUUAUCAAGUCA